CCUAAGGAGUUUCCCGCCCACGCCGGCCUGUUCUAGAACCUUCUCCACCAGCGAACCGAGCCCCGCGGCGGCGCGGCGCGAGGAGCCCGCUGGGGGGCGCUGCGCCGCCGGGCGGGGAGCGGCAGCCGCGCGGGCGUCUCUCCGUCCCACCGGGCGGCGGCUCGUUGGCAGGGGGGUGGCGGCGGCCAUGGUGCUGUCGGUGGUGCAGCAGGCGGUGGUUUCGGUGGUGCUGGUGCUCUGCGUCUUCGUCGCCAUGCCCAGGAUCUUCGGGGGAGGGGGCGGGCGGGCCGGCCGGUCUCCGCGGGGCGGCAAGGCCGGCCCCGGCCAUUACGAUCCCCGCCAGCACCGCAGAGGUAGUCCUCAAACAGUUCCUCAAGUUCACCUGAAUCCAGGAAAUUCUGACAGUUAUACUUACCAGAGUAUUCAGCAGAUGAGAAAUGCAAUGGAAAAAGAAAUAAAGAAUGAGAGAACAAAAGGAAAUGGUAGAGAGUUAGCCUUCACGCUCAUGCCGUUGUAUGCUCUUGGAGUGGGAGUGUUUGCAGCAUACAAAUUUCUUAAGAUGAAGUCACAUGAAGAAAGUGCCUCCAAAAAGGAAAAAAGUACAGAAGACAAGGCAAAGGAAACAGAGCAUCAGCUUUUAGAACUGGAGCAGCACCUUGCACAGACAGAGAAAAUGUUAAAUUCCUUAUUGACUCAGUUGGAUCCACUAUCAAACUGUGUUAAUGCUUUAGCUUGUGAGCAGAAGGAUGAAAUAAUGACACAGCUUCAAUCGAUUAGAAGACUGAUGAAAGAAAGUGGAUUGGAUAAGUCGGAAAACAAGAUGAAAGAUGCUAGCCACAUUUGUACCGAGAAACUUGAAGAUCUCAUUCAGUCAUUUGCUGAACAUUCUCAAGGGAAAGAAAUGGAUGACAGAGAAGAUGACAGCAAUGAAGAUUUGCUUGAAGAUGUUGAUAAUGAUGACAAAAUAGAAGAGCAUGAAUUAUGUGAUGAAUGUGAAAUACUUCAGUUUGAGACAGAUGAGAUAGAAGACCAAGAAAUUAUAAAGAAAGAUGCCAUUGAAUCAGAAGAGAUAGGACUGAGGAGACGUAAUAGAUAUGAAUGAAAUCUACAUAUGUAAAACUUUCAGAAGUUUAUGAAAUAUUUUUUUCUAAGGUAUGCACUUUAAACUGUUUUGAAUGAAGUUAUGUGCACUGCUAUAUGCUUUAAAAAGAUGGGUGAAAUACUGUCUGUGCUCUUAUCUGAUGGUUCUGUAACUGACUUCAGUGGCAGCAGAAUUUUACUCGGGAUGUUUACAUAUUUUUUUCUAUUUAUUUUUUCUUAUAAAAAUACUAGUGUACUCUGUAUAUAAUGCACUGUAAUGAUAUCUGAUGCUUCACUAAAAUAUUAGAAUAUCUUGUAAUUAAGACUAUAAAGAAUAGAUGUUUCAUAAAUGUUUUGUAACUAGUAAGCACGAUGCCACUUGAACCGUAACUUUCUUGAGUUAAUUAAAGAGCGUGCACUGAUGAAUUUA